AAAUGGCCUCCGCCUCCUCCGCCGACGCUGCCAUUAUCUCCUUUUUCUUUCUAGCUCUUCUCAUCGGCGGCUCUUCCGCUCAACUCUCCGAAACCUUUUACGAUCAAACCUGCCCUCGCUUGGCCAACGUUGUCCGCGCCUCCGUCAAGAAAGCCAUCGAAAGCGACAUCCGAGCCGGUGCUAAACUUAUUCGCCUCCAUUUUCACGAUUGCUUCGUCAAUGGAUGCGAUGGCUCUGUUUUGUUAGAGGAUGCUCCCGGCAUAGUCAGUGAGCUCAACUCACCUGGAAAUCAAGGAAUCCAAGGGCUUGAAAUUGUCGACGCCAUUAAAGCCGAUGUCGAAAAAGAAUGCCCUGGCAUCGUCUCAUGUGCCGACAUCUUAGCUCAGGCUUCUAAAGACUCUGUCGAUGUGCAAGGAGGGCCAAGCUGGAGAGUGUUAUACGGAAGACGAGACAGCAGAAUAGCGAACAAAACAGGGGCGGACAGUAACUUGGCAAGUCCCUUCGAAACUCUAGACCAACUCAAAGCUAAAUUUAAGAAUGUUGGGCUCAAUACCGUGGAUCUCGUCGCUUUAUCUGGGGCGCAUACAUUUGGACGAUCGAGAUGCAGAUUCUUCAGCCACCGAUUUGCGAAUUUCAACAAUACAGGAAGCCCAGACCCAUCAUUGAACCCAGACUACAGGAGAUUUCUUGAAGGGGUUUGUUCAGCAGGAGCAGACACAAGAGCGAAUUUCGAUCCAGUAACACCGGAUAUAUUUGACAAAAAUUACUACACAAAUCUUCAAGUGGGGAAGGGGCUUUUGCAGAGCGAUCAAGAGCUGUUCUCAACACCUGGAGCUGACACCAUCCCCAUUGUUAACAGCUUUGCAGCCAGAGAAGGAACAUUCUUCAAGGAGUUCAGACAGUCGAUGAUCAAUAUGGGAAAUAUACAGCCUUUGACUGGUGGACAAGGGGAAAUUAGACGAAACUGCAGGAGGGUUAAUUCAAACUCUGGCUUGUUCUUCGGUGGAGAAGGAGAAGGAGAAGGCCGCGAUGUUAUGUAAAACUAAAAAAACCAGCUGCCUCUUUCUGCAUCUAUAUCCAUAACUUAUAAUUAAGCAUAAUGUGUGUGUUAAUUUAGUUGGGUGUUUGUGCUUUUUUCUCCAUGAAUAAAAAUGCAGGGGUUGGCUCU